AUGAAGUUCUUCGGCCGUCAGAGACUCUCAAAGAACCCCUUUCGGGAUAACAGCACAACACUUCUCGUCUCAACACUCCUUCUCGCCGCGCCUAUCACUGUGUUGUUGCUCCAUUGUGUAUAUCAAACUUACUAUCGCAGAGGCGCGCACUGGAGUCACAGCCAUGAUAUUCUUGAAUCAGGUACUCACCAUGAGCCAGAUGUGUUGUUGUAUGUUGCGUCCUACAGUGGACUUGUCACGACGUUGAAUCUCUCGCUUGCUGAGUAUCGAGAUAAGCCUGUGAAGCUUGAAGCAUUGUCCACAACGGAUGGAUGUGCUGGAAGCCCUUCAUGGCUUACACUCGACUGGUAUAACGGAGUGCUGUAUUGCACUGACGAAGGACUUAAGGAUGGGAAGCAUGGAUCGUUGGUAUCCUUCGCAACACGUGAGAACGGCACUUUGACGCCUCUGGCGAAGACGUCCACAGUUCUUGGUCCUGUGAGUGCGGUCAUGUAUGGCGAGUGGAAUUACGGGCUGGCAGUAGCCCAUUAUGGCGGUUCGGCAUUUACAACUUGGGACAUUCAAGAUCCGGCAAAUCUCACAUCGCUGAAUGUCCAACAGUUCAGCCUUCCCGAGCCUGGUCCGGACCCUUCAAGACAGGACGCAUCUCAUCCCCAUGCUGCAGUCGUUGAUCCGACCAAACGAUUCAUUCUUGUACCUGAUCUGGGAGCAGAUCUGAUUCAUAUAUACGGCGUUGGUUUCGAGGGUCUGGGCCUGUCCAAGCUUGAUCCAUUGGCCAUUGCCCCGGGCGGCGGGCCCCGACAUAUUGCCUUCGUAGUCAAGGAGACCAAGACAUUCAUGUACCUUGUCACCGAGCUGGCCAACACCAUUAUCGGCUAUGAGGUCGUAUAUGGUGGCGAGUUUAUCAGGUUCAAGGAAAUAUGGAACAGUGGCAUCCAUGGAGAAGGCAAAGAUGUGCCACAAGGCGCUGCUGCUGCUGAAAUUGUCGUAUCUCCGGACAGAGAGUUCUUGAUCAUCUCGUCUCGGAAUGAAAGCACUCUCGAAGUUCCAAACUUUGACGCCAGUAACAGUACUAUAACAUCCGAUCCGCUAGUCAGUUUCAAAAUUGACUCGGAUACUGGGCAUCUCAUCCUGCAACAAGACGUCCCAUGUGGAGGCAGGUUUCCUCGUCACUUUUCUAUCAACAAAGCGGGAACGUUGGUUGCAGUGGCUCUUCAAAAUGAUAGCCGUGUGGUCAUCAUUGAGAGGGAUGCCGAAACUGGAAUGAUGGGUGAUUUCGUCGCCUAUGCAGAGCUGGAAGGUGAAGUUACAGCCGUGAUCUUCUACGAGUGA